AUGACGACACGUCAACGUGUUUUUUUUUUUUAUUGUACUACUUCGCGAAAAUAUAGUAGUGGUAGUAGCGUCGGUUCCGUUCUUGUUUUUAAGGGCUGCCGAGGGAGGAGGAGAGCGGUGGAGGAAAGAGGGAAUGAAGGCGGUAGUAAUCGAGAAAUACGUGAAAUUUUAAAUUUUUAA